AUGGGCUCAUCACACCAGUCCACACCGCCUCCUCUGUUAUCUGACCAUGUCGAUCUGCCCUCCUCCUCAAACCGCCGUGCCGUCACCCCGAGCGGAGCCCCUGCGCCAUCAUUCGCUCCCAACCCAGCCAGCACACCCUCCUCAGCACCGCGAUGGAAAUCGUCGGGAAAAGGACCAGUCUCACUUCGACGGGUCUACAGCAGGCUUCACCUUCGAGAUCCCAGUAUCUGGCGCCGCUGGAUCCUCAUCAUCACCAUCUUCGUCCUCACCUUCCACCUCUAUCGCAGCCUAGCACGGCAUGACCUUCUGUCAAGGCUACCGGCUGAAUGGCGCAAUGACAAGACUCUAAGCUCCAUCCUGCAACCGGACAUCCGUGAAAGCAAAUCCAAGAGAAAGAAACAUGAUCCUUUAAAGUGGCUGAAGGACCACUCCUCCUUCGACAGUCAAUUUCCCAACUCAUACACCGCCCGGCCCCGUGCUGCCCUCAUCAGUCUCGUCCGCAACGAAGAGCUUGAUGGCAUUCUGCAGAGUAUCCGACACCUCGAGUAUCAUUGGAACAGGAGGUACAGAUAUCCAUGGAUCUUCUUCAAUGAGAAGCCUUUCAGCGAGGAGUUCAAGGCUGCAACGUCCAAUGCAACUGAUGCCCAUACGGAAUACCAUGUCGUCCCGCGCGAGCACUGGAGUACGCCAUCCUGGAUUGAUCAAACCCGGUACAUGGAUGCUCUCGACUACCUUGGCACGAUUGGCGUUGGAAAGGGCCAUAUGCUGAGUUACCACAGCGUAUGUCCUUUUCCCCUCGGACCAUAUACCUCCUGCAAUCCGCCCCGAAUCGUCUAUUCUGCUGUUGAUUUCUUGCCUCUGCUGCGUGCGAUUGCAAUCUGCUCACAGGUCCCCUACCAGAUGAUCCGUUGGCAGUCCGGCUUCUUCUACCACCACCCCGCCCUGUCCUCCUAUACCUACUACUGGCGCGUCGAGCCAGACGUGCACUUCUUCUGUCCUAUCCCCUACGACCCAUUCUCCUUCCUCGCCGAAAACGAUCUGGUCUACGGCUUCAACAUGGCCAUCCUCGACGACGCGCGCUCUUUCACCUCCUUGUGGUCUGUAACACGGGACUUCAUCGCCGCCAAUUCCGAGCUCAUACACCCGGACGCGGACCUCGAUUGGUUACUUGAUGCAAGCAAUGGAGGCGAGUACAACAACUGCCAGUUCUUCAGCAAUUUCGAGAUCGGCUCGCUGGACUUUUGGAGAAGUGAGGGACCGAGCGCGUACUUCGACCAUCUGGACAAGAACGGCGGCUUCUUUUAUGAGCGCUUCGGUGACGCCCCCGUGCACACGUUGGCGCUGGCCAUGUUUGCGAGAAAGGACCAAGUCUGGUUCUUUAGGGAUGUAGGCUAUCAGCACGAUAUUGCGAGGCAUUGUCCACCCGCUGGUGCGAGUGUGACACUGUCGGAUGCAGGAACAGGAGCUGGAGAACGAGCACAAGAGGAGGCGGCUGGUGGACCUAGAGGUACGAACAGACGACAUCACGCCGGAGCAGGAGCUCUACGAGCAGCAGAGGCGGCAGAAGACGCGAGGCGAGCCCGACACGAAACCGGAAAACCAUGGUGGACGAAAGCCUGGACAAAAGUAGGCACAGAGGGAGCACAAGCACACGCAAGUGCAGGACAUAGCGAGGAUGCGGGAGUGGGAGUGGGAGUGGCAGUGUGCUCGUGCGAACCCACCAGUCUAGACGAGAACUUCUACAAGCUGGUCCCGAUGGAGAGUCCGCAGGUCAAGCCCGGGGAUACGUGUAUCCGGUUGUGGCUCGGCGGAGAGUGGUUGAGCAAGAAAGACGGGUGGCAGCAGGAUGUCGAACGGGCGUUUGGAGGGGAUGGGUAUGGAGGAUACGUUCUUGAUGGCAUGUAAUGUUAAAACGUGGCCAACGUCUCGCGGUCGCCCCUGGCUUGGAGAUCAUCGAGACUGAGGUGGUGUUUCGUUUGUGAGGUGUACGGUCGGCUGGACUAAGUUGAGUUGCAGUGCGGAUUGUGCCAGGGUGUGCGGUGGGUAGAAUCACUCACCUUGUCGCAUGGCAAGAUGAUUGUAGGGCUGUGGACAGUACUUGAACCGCUGCAUGGCAUGGCAUGGCUGCCGCACAGCGCACUGGGCACCGGGCACACUGCAGUGGAUUGAAUGAUUGCAAGAUAGUAUGGCAGGAAUCCAAUGUAAU